CAACUUUGAGUGCCACACACCGCAGCAACGAGCGAGAGGAGAUGACAAAGAUGGAUGGAGCUGGUGGAGUGGUGGAGGAUGACAUGAUGUUCUUUGCCUUGCUGGGUCUGGCCGUCCUCGGCAUCUUGGCAGUCGUGGUGGUGUUCCUGUUGCGAGGAAAAGCAAAGGCAAAGCGAGAUACUGUCCUGCUUGUGGGUCCCCUUGGCACGGGAAAAACAACGCUGUUUUCCCUGCUCACGACGGGGCAAGCAAUGCCGACCCAGACAUCGCUGAAGCCGAACGAGGCUGCAUUGGAGCUCGACACCUCCAUCAACCAGUCGCUCAAGGUGAAGGACAUCCCAGGCCACGAGCGACUUCGAGGCACAUAUCUUGGGGAGUCUGCGGCGUCCUGUGCGGCGUGUGUGUAUGUGCUUGACUCGUCCACAGUGCUGCGUGGCGCCCGCCCCGUGGCCGAGUUUCUCUACGAUGUGCUUGCAAGCAAAGACAUGAAGGCCAUGCCGGUUCUUGUCCUCUGCAACAAGCAGGAUGUGGUGACGGCGCCGCGAAAGGUUGAGCGCAUUGUGCAGAAACUGCAGAACGAAUUCACACAAAUCAGACAGACCAGAAGUGCUGAUGUGGCUGGUCUGGACGAAGCAGAGGGCGCAGCAGUCUUUCUUGGCUCAAAGGAUGCGGAGGAGUUUGAGUUUUCGCAACUGCCCAACAGGAUUGACUUUGAACUUACCUCCCUCAAGGACCAGGGCGAGGCGGGGGCCAAGCUUGUCAAGGACUGGGUUGCCCGUACCCUCUCCAAGUGAUCUUGACACGUGUGUGUGUGUGUGUGUGUGUGUGUGUGUGUGUGUGUGUGUGUGU